AUGGCUUACGCUCAGCAGACCCUGUUGGAUGACCUCGAGAAGAUGAGGGGAUUCGCUACAGUCCCCAAGCCUCAAGAUAUAUAUACAUGGGUCCAGUGGGAGAUGGCAAGAACGCAUGUCGCCAUCAUCGAGUUCUGGCUGCAGGUGCAGAAGCAAUUCCGUACCACCGCUCCAAUCGAAGAUGCGGAGAACUUUCUCGGUUUCGCAAAGCAGUGGGUGCGAACUCUCGAGCUGCAUCAUCAAAUCGAAGAGGAGAUCCAAUUUCUCCACCUCAACCCUCCGCUCGAUACCAGCACCAGCCACGAUCAGCAUACUGCACUACUCACCCCCCUCCGUGUCUACCACGUUUACCUCGAGUCUGUCUCCACUGGCAUCGAGCCCUGGUCCGCCAGCAAGGCUGAGACACUUGCGCAGGCCUUCCUACCUAUCCUGAUGCACCACUUCGUCGAGGAGCUGCACAUGCUUGACCCAGAAAGGCUGUGCGCGUCGAGCAUCUCUGCAGACACGCUAGAGGCGAUGCGCGUGAGCGUGGCGACGCGAGCGAAGGAAAUUGCAGACCCGACGGCGGAUAUCCCGCCGCUGAUCAUGCACAAUGGCGGGGCGCUGGACUGGCCACCGGUACCGUGGGUGCUGAGCGAGACGUUCAAGAUGCCGAUGGAGCUGUAUCUCCCGCACAAGGGGUGGUGGAAGUAUGCAGCGCUUCCCCUUAAUCUGUGA